AAACGCAAGCCAAACCAACCAACGAAACAAAACAUAUCUAAAAACCUCUCAACGGUAUUUGUGACACAACUUUAAGGGAGACAAAAGAGAGACCAGAGAGAGAAAGGGUUUGUGUGUUUGGUUUUGUUGGUUUUACAGGUGAAAAAUGGAGAGCAAAGAGGAAGUUUUUUCUGUUGAGCUACCAGCACCUCCUGCUUGGAAGAAAAUGUACUUGCCCAAGAAAGCGGGUACUCCAAGGAAAAGUGAGAUCAUGUUCGUUGCUCCUACUGGGGAGGAGAUUAUUAACAGAAAACAACUGGAGCAGUACCUAAAAUCUCACCCUGGUAAUCCUGCCAUCUCCGAGUUCGAUUGGGGCACUGGUGAGACCCCAAGGAGAUCAGCAAGGAUCAGUGAGAAGGCCAAGGCAACUCCAACACCAGAAAAGGAGCCUCCGAAGAAGCGAGGCCGAAAAUCAGUGUCGGGCUCAAAGAAGGAUAAUAAAGAAACUGAAGCUACUCCUGAGAAAACUGAGGGGGAGAAAGAUGCUGAAAUGCAACAUGCAGAAAUUACUGAGAAGGAAAAUGCUGAAGGUCAAGUUGAGAAAGAUGAUAAAACACAAGAAGCAGACCAGAGCGUGAACAAAGGUGUCAAUUUGGAGAAAACUGGUGCAGAGAACAAAAAACAUGCUGAGGAAACCAAGGAAAAUGAAGAAAAAGGAGUUCCUGAUGCUAAAGAAAAUGAAAGUGCAACAGAAUUGCAAAAGCCAGAAACUAAAGAGACAGCUACUGAAGUAACUCCGAAUGAAAAAGAGAAGGUUGAAGACUCUGUGGAAAAAGUUCCUCAGAGUGAGAAAGAGAAUGGUGCCGGUGAUGACAACAAAGCAGACAACCCUGAUAGCAUGACCACGGCCACAAAUGGAGGAGAGGAAAAAGAGCAAGCCAAUGGAUCAGUGCCUGCAUCCCAUGUUGAGAUCAAAGAGAAGCAAGACAUGCCACAGAAUGAAGAGAAAUCUACUGUGCAGGUUGAUGAGAUAGGUAAAGAAAUGGAUGCAGAGGUUAUUGAAAAUGGGAAAGUUGACCAAAUGGGGCGAACUGAUGCCCCUCAACAGCCAGCUCCAGUGAGCUGCUAAAUGUGCUGUACUAUUUAUUUCCAUCAACUUUAGCCCGUAUAAUACUCCUAUAUCCUGUCAUUUGUUCUGUAACUUUUUGAGAUGUCUUGGAUGACUGUAACAUUAAACUUCUUGAUGGUGUUGGUAGAUUUAAUUGUAUGUAGGAAACCAAUCUGUAUCCUUAGAUUAGACAGUAGAUGGUGCAGCCAGCUUAUGUUGUAUUGUGCAGGAACCUAGUUUGUAGACUUGUGAACUCUCUUUAUCCUAUGUUUAUUGACUGAAUUUUAAA